AUGGAGGUUAUAAAUUACAUUGUGUCAUCGCGAUUUGGGAAAUUGCAGAUAAAUGUGACUGAUGCGGUUCCAAUUGUGGUCUACGAGAGCACAAAAAUAGAGGUUGACAUCGGGGUGGCGGAGGCAGAGUUUUCCAGCAUCGGAGAAGGUUUUGUUUUUACCCUUCCUUGA